AUGACUGUCCAGAAGCUUCGAAUUGGGAUUGCUGGCCUUGGCCGUAUGGGGAAGCGCCAUGCCCUCAACCUCCAUACUUUGACACAUCGGGCGGAGGUGGUGGCAGUCAGCAGCCCCGAUCAGAACGAAUGCAAAUGGGCGAUGGACCAGCUGGACGGCGUCCGUGUCUACCGAGACUACGACGAGAUGCUUGCCAAAGAAGAUCUCCAGACCAUCGUCAUCGCCAGCGCCACUGCUGUCCAUGCGACGCAAACCCUCAGUGCGAUUGAGAAAGGUUACCACGUCCUAUGCGAGAAGCCACUGAGCAUCGAUGUGGCCGAGCUAAGUAGUGCACAAUCCGUAGUUGAUGCUUACAAGCGGUCUCUCCGAACCCACCCGAAUCAGAAGGUCAUGUGUGCCUUCUCGCGUCGGUUCGAUGCCUCCUAUCGGGAGGCAUACGAGAAGGUGGUCAGCGGCGACUACGGCCGCCCGGUCGUAUUCCGAUCCCAGACUGCAGACCUGCUCGACACGUCGGGCGUUUUCGUCAACUACGCGAAGACUAGCGGCGGCAUAUUCCUUGAUUGCUCCAUCCACGACAUUGACCUCAUGCUCUGGUUCCUCGAGGAAAAGAGCAAGAUCAAAAGCUUGCACGCGAUCGGAGUCACUGCCGUCCACCCAGGCCUCGAGACCAUCAACGACCGUGACAACGCGAUAGCGAUAAUCGAGUUCUACGAUGGCAGGAUUGCGAACCUGUUUUGCACGAGGAUGAUGGCAGCUGGACAGGAAGACACCACCGAGAUCAUUUGCCAAAAGGGCGCUGUGAGGGUCAACAUGCAAGGGCAGAAAAACCAUGUCGAGGUCCAUGACAAGCUGGGAUCCAGACAGGUCAGGGAGUUCACCGAAUGCUGCUUGGAAAAUACCCCCUUGCGUGUCUCACUUGAAAGUUCCGUGAGGGCCUUGGCUAUUGGACGAGCGCUCCAGCACAGCUUAGUGAGCGGCGAAAAGGUAAUUUUCGAUGAGAUCUGUUCUAGGCUCUAG